UGGUGUCCGUUCCCGGUGGGGUGGGAGCCAUGAGCGAUAUCCGGCACUCGCUGCUGCGGCGGGACGCGCUGAGCGCCGCCAAGGAGGUGCUGUACCACCUGGAUAUCUACUUCAGCAGCCAGCUGCAGAACGCCCCGCUGCCCCUCGUCGACAAGGGCCCCACCGAGCUCCUGGAGGAGUUCCUCUUCCAGAUCCCCAAGGAACGCGGCGCUCCGCCCAAGAGAUUGAAUUCACUUCAGGAACUCCAGCUCCUUGAGAUCAUGUGCAAUUACUUCCAAGAGCAAACCAAGGAUUCGGUCCGGCAGAUCAUUUUCUCGUCUCUCUUCAGCCCUCAAGGAAACAAAGCAGAUGACAGCAGGAUGGCUUUGCUAGGAAAGCUGGUUUCCAUGGCAGUGGCUGUGUGCAGGGUUCCUGUUCUGGAGUGUGCUGCCUUCUGGCUGCAGCGGACGCCCGCCGUGUACUGCGUGCGGCUGGCCCGAGCCUUGGUCGAUGACUACUGCAACUUGGUGCCGGGGUCCAUCCAGACGCUGAAACAGAUAUUCAGUGCCAGUCCUCGCUUCUGCUGCCAGUUCAUCACGUCGGUCACAGCCCUCUACGACCUCUCUUCAGAUGACCUCAUCCCUCCUUCGGAUCUGCUCGAGUUGAUUGUUUCCUGGAUCUUUGAAGACCCCCGCUUGAUCCUCAUCACCUUUCUAAACACUCCUAUUGCGGCCAACCUGCCGAUAGGGUUUUUAGAGCUCACCCCACUGACUGGACUGAUCCGUUGGUGCGUGAAGGCCCCCUUGGCUUACAAAAGGAAGAAGAAAGCUUCUCUCUCAAAUGGACACCCCCCCAGCAAAAUUGCCAAGGACUCGACUUCAGGAGAAGACAGAGAUUGCCACCAGCUGUAUUCAAAACUGCAUCUAAGUGUCCUGCAGGUUCUUAUGAUGCUUCAGGGGCAUCUAACGGAGAAGAACCUUUAUGGGCGCCUGGGGUUAGUACCCUUUGACCACGUGGUUCCACUCGUUGAGGAAAUUAACAGACUGUCUGACGAACUCAAUCCUCUCAAUGCAUCCAAAGAGAUUGAACUGGCUCUAGACAGACUGGCUCAGGCUUUGCAAGUGGCCAUGGCAUCGGGAGCGCUCCUGUGCACCAGAGAUGACUUGAGAACCGUGUGCUCCAGGCUACCGCACAACAACCUGCUCCAGCUGGUGAUUUCGGGUCCAGUGCAGCAACCCACCCACGGCGCUCUGCCACCGGGAUUUUAUCCUCAUAUCCAUACUCCUCCUCUGGGCUACCCCGCUCACGCUGCCCACCCGGCACUCCCGGCUCACCCGGCGCUCCCGGCUCACCCCGUCCAAACCUUUAUACCAGGAAUGACAUUCCCUUACCGACCCAUUCGCUAAGACACCCAGACUGUAGAGUUGUGUGUCCCCCACCCCCAUUUCCCUUAGUUUGAGGAAGCCUUUUUGGCGGUUUGAAACCAAACCUCUCGGGAACCACAUUUUUCCCCUUUGGGGUGAAGCUGGGCGAUGCCGGCCGGAGGGAUCGGCCCUUCGGCAGCGGGGAGGACGUGGGGCAGGCAGGCUGCAGGCCAUCCCGAGGCGGGAUGCAGAUCCUAGGGAGGACAAAAGGAGGGGAUGGGGGGGAGGAAAAAAAGCAACAGGAACUCCAAACCCCUGCAGUGUGUGGAAAUUUUUCAUUUUUGAUCCACGUUGCUUCCUAUCAUCACCAAGGGUAUGAGAUUUCUCAGUCACAGGGGAGAUUUUUUUCAGUCUCCCCCAUCUGUUUACGGCACGAUGAGCCCAGCUCUAGGAGAUCCAGAAGGAAAGGCCUGAGGUUUGGUUUUGUUUUUUUUUAUCAUCCAAGCUCGUCUACUCCAGCCUGCUCGUUUCUCUGUAAAUGUUUGUAUCUAUAGCUACAGAGUAUGUGUACACUGUAUAUUUUUGGAACACAGACGUUUGUUUCGGAAGCACAAGGUAGAGUAAAAGCAGCACUUCCUAUUAAAGGAAACAAUUUGCAAAGCGUCAAAUAA